AUGGUUAGCAAAAAGAGCAUUGUCUACUACUACCACCCAGAAGUUGGGAAUUUCCAUUAUGGUCCGCGCCACCCUAUGAAACCACAACGGUUAGCUGCACUCAAUAAUCUCGUAGUCCAUUACGAACUCGAUAAAAAGAUGGAAAUGCGCCUCACGCCGAGAGCAAAUGCAAUGGAUAUGAGGCGAUUCCAUUCCAAAGAGUACGUGGACUUUCUUGAAAGGAUAUCACCACAUUGCGCUGAACAGUACGAACACCUUUUCGCGCAGUUCAACAUCGGAGAAGAUUGUCCUAUUUUCGAUGGUAUUUUUGAGUUUUGCUCCAUUUAUACUGGAGGAUCUUUGGAGGGAGCCCAACGCUUGAAUCAUAAAGUUUCUGAUAUUGUCAUCAACUGGAGUGGAGGUCUUCACCACGCUAAAAAGGCUGAAGCAAGUGGUUUUUGUUACGUGAACGAUAUUGUUAUAGCAAUCUUGGAACUACUUAAGUAUCACAAAAGGGUACUAUACAUAGACAUCGACAUUCAUCACGGAGAUGGUGUCCAGGAAGCCUUCUAUUUUACGGAUAGAGUGAUGACAGUUUCUUUCCACAAAUAUGGCAGCCUCUUCUUCCCAGGAACGGGAAGUAUCUAUGAUCUGGGGCAAGGUACCGGUCAUUAUUUUGCUGUUAAUGUGCCUCUACAACAGGGAAUUGAAGAUGACGAUUAUUUAUCAGUGUUCCGCCCUGUGAUUGGUCAAGUGGUAGAGAGCUUCCAACCAGAAGCUGUAGUUUUACAAUGUGGAGCGGAUUCUCUUGGAUGCGAUAGGCUUGGAUGCUUUAAUCUCUCCUUUGACGGUCACGCGGAAUGUGUUCGCUUCGUGAAAAGUCUAGGAAUACCGAUGCUUGUUUUGGGAGGUGGAGGAUAUACAUUAAGGAAUGUAGCUCGAUGCUGGGCCAACGAAACUGGCGUCCUUCUUGAUGUUGAAAUGACCAAUGAGAUACCGGAAAAUGCAGAAUACCUUCCCUUUUUCGAGCCCGAAUUCACUUUACGCCCUGAACUGCCUAAACGUGCUGAUAACCAUAACUCAAAAGAGUUUCUCGCUGCAAUUCGUCAAGAGAUAAUUGAAAAUCUCCGUCAAGUGAAAGGCGCUCCGUCCGUUCAAAUGAUUCCUAUUCCUGAAGACUUGCUGAACAUCGAUACAGUACUUCCUCAUCAAGAGAUAGGCGAUGAAGAAAGACCUAAGGACUUUGAAGAGACCGUUAUCACCUACACUGGAUGA